AUGACUAUUUCUAUUAUUUAUUACCUAUUCAUCUUGUUUGAUACUUCAUAUUGCUAAUGGAAAAUUUACCAUAGCUAUCUCUACAUGAAUAAGUAAUUCUCUUAAUCCACGGGAUCUAGUGCAUAUCUGAUAACAGACUCAUUUAUAUUGCCUUCAACUCAAACAACUGCAAAUUUUAUCACUUGUGCAUCUCCUCCUACAAGCUACAUUACUUUAACUAAUACUUAUCCAUCUGCUUGGACGGCACCAAAGUGCACUAUUAACGAUGGGAAUUGGAUAUCUAUUGAUUUAUAUUUUCAGGGUACAUGGUCCUCUCAAGUUUUUAAAAUUGCCAUAGGAUCAUAUGUAUAUACAUAUACCUACAGUUCCCCUUCUACCUAUACAUUGAACUCAGGUUUUUGUGAUGCCACUCUUUUUGAAGUUAAGACUUGGAAUUUUACAUUCGUAAUAGCAGAAGGUACAAUUGAUGCGUUUUUGAAAUUAACAUCUUCUAAUUCAAAUACAGGUUAAGUUUCGAUUAGAAAUAUCUUUGUCUCAAGAGUAAAAUGUUAUCCAUCAUGUAAUUCAUGCACAGGUCCAAAAUACAAUUAAUGUACAAGCUGCUAUUAUGGGAUCCAAACAAACAAUAUUUGUCCACCUUGUCCAUCAAAUUAAUACUAUUGGAAGGAGGUAGGAUGCAGAGAUAUUUGUGAUUUAUUUUCCUCAUUAUAUUAGAAUGGAUUUUGUUAAAAGUAUGCAAGUAAGUAUUUUUAACUAAUAUUACUUAGUUUAAGAUAUAGAAUUGAGUUAUUUUUAAUCACCAUCCUAUGAUACUGAAAAUAAGAAAUGGUUGUUGAUAUAUGACCCACAAUACGUAGUUACCACUCAAACUAUUACUUAAAUUUCUACGAUGAUUUAUGUAUAUGGAGUAUUAAAGUAUAAUUCCGGAAUUUAUAGAUAUUUCGAUUUAUUGUCUACUUAUGCUUAUUCCACCUAUUUGAUUGGAUUGAAAAUUAUAAUUCUUCUUUAUAAUGAUAUUCCAAUUGAUUGUGGAAUCACAUUCAAAAUUAACAAUACUUAUUAUGGAUCUAUUUAUAAAACUACAUCUGGAGUUCAAUCAAACAAGCUCAAAAUCGCUUCAAUAUAUGAUUAUGGAUCGAAGUCACCGUAUUCGACAAGGACAAAAAUUGUUUUAGCUUCAUUAAUUGACAUCCCAAAGAAUGCAUUUGUAUUUUCAGCGAUAGGAAAUUAUACGUAAAUAUCAUUUGUCAAACUUAGCGUUGGUACAGCAGGAUGGGGUAUUAUGUAAGUCGAUAUUACUUCAGGAUAUUGCGCUUAAUAUUGUGAAUUGUGUGAAGUAUCAUUUAAAUGUAAAACAUGUUUAAAUGGAUACUUAUCUUAUCGAGAUGGUAGUUGCAUAAAUAAUUGCUUAUUUCCAUAUUAGAAAUAAAAUGGCACUUAUUGCUAUGAUUAUGAUGAUGAAACACCUUGUAUCAUAUAGUAUUAUAUAUAGACUCUGAAUAUUUAGUUUAAGAAUUUACAGGUUUAGAAGGUGAUCCAGAAUACUACGCAAAAUAUACUUUAAUCUAUCAAAGUGGAACAAACUUUUUAAAAGGUUCAGAUAUCUAUUAUUCAUUUUGGAAUGGAAUUAGAGUCUUUGGAGGACCUUUUGUAUGGGCUUAAGCUAAAUUCUAAAGGGUUCAUAAUAUAAUCAAUCCACAUCACAGUAUUACUAUUGCAUUUUAUAUUUUAUAUGGACCAUCAUUCCCUUCAGAUGGACAAUUUAUAUAUACAAUUGAAAGUAAUACACCAGUCUCUAAAUCAACUGCAAGUUAUUAUUAUACUUAUUCUGAUGGUUCAAAAUACGAUAAAAUAUAUGAAAAAAUCCUUCAUAAUACAAAUACAUUAACAAUAACUUGGGAAUGCUUUGGACCAAAUAAUGAACCAAUCAAGGCAUACUGUGGAUACUAUAAUUAUUACAUUGCCUCCCAUAAAACGAUUUAGAACAGAAGAAACAGUUUUAGGAGUAUUGUGUUAUGGUGGAUUUCGAAUCAAAAUCCACAGACGCAGCAUUGAUAGUCUCA